GUUAAAUUAUACAGGGAUCAAGACACGUGAUGAAGUUUACCGAGGAGUUUGAUUUUGAUGCAAUGAAUGAGAAAUUCAACAAGGACGAAGUCUGGGGUACUUUGGGAAAGAACAGGUCCGGGUCAAAGGAAAAAGAUGAAAAUGCUACGGAUGAGGAAGAAUCAGAAGAGGAAAUGGAUCCCAACUUACCCAAAGUUGAUGUUAAGCCUGUUUAUAGUAAAGACGACUUUUUUGAUACUUUAUCAAGCAACACAUCUGAUCGUCAAUCAAAUUAUGGAAGGACGAGAUUCUCUGAACAAAUGAAACUAGAUACUGAGACAUUUGGAGAAUUUUCUAGGUACAGAGGGGGUGGUAGGGGUGGGCGUGGUCCCUAUCGUGGAGGGCGGUCACGAGGUGGCGGUUAUUAUGGACGAGGAGGAUACGGGUAUGGCGGGAGGGGCCGUGGUGUGAGAAACCAAAAUGCAGGCAAUGACUACUAGAGCUUUGUUGGUGUUUUUUACAAGUUAUUUAGGUACAUACCGCGAAUGUGAAGGCUAUGUUGGGUUUUUUUUUCCUUUUCGGUUUCCUUUUGAAGUAAAAUAAAAUUAGGUGAAUGUUUGUUCCCAGCUUCCUCAUGGUAUGGUUGUAUUACUCCGAGUAUUUGUAGACUAGAGGUCACAAAAAAGUUUCAUGAUUUCAUCUUUUCAAGACCAUUAAUGUGUAUGUCUAUGUUCUUUUGUCUUUA